AAACUGUACACAAACGUUGCAGAUUAAGUCUUAAUAAUGCAUUUAACAAUUUUAGCAUAACAUCCCAUAAUUUAACUUCUACAUUUAUAACAAUUUAUAUAACAUUGCCUAGAAGUGAAAAUGAAGCAUCCUAAUCAUAACAAACAGUUGUUGUUUUUUCCAUAGGCAGCCUUACCAAGCUCACUUUUUACUAUUUCAUAUUUUAGCACGCCCAUUUGUUUGCAGUGACGUAACCGGAGCCUACAGGCCAAUAAAGCGAGCUUUACGGGAGAAGGGUGCCGACCAACAUUGACAAUAGAGCCAAUAGCGAAGAAGGGACUGUAUGCUGUUGACACGAGUACCAUGCGUCAGCAGAGAAAUUGGGUUUACUCUCCAGACAGCAAUACUGUCGCAGAAACAGACUUUUUCUGGUGGAAAACUAUUGCUGAAUUUGACGACAGAUAAGCAGAGUCGCAAUGUAGUUCAAAACGAACAACUUCAUGUCGCUGACGGAAAUGCAGUUUUGGCUGGAGCAGCAGCGCCUUUGGCUGCUCCCGUUUGGCUUGGCCUCGGCUGUUUUUAUUCUCGUUUACUUUGUGCUGCAGUCCCUGAGGCUGAGAAGUAACGGAGAAUCCUCAAAUAUCCCUCCUGGUCCAAAGCCUUGGCCUCUGGUAGGAAAUUUUGGCUUUUUUCUCAUCCCGGAGUUUAUCCUGAGGAAGUUCAAGGCCGGCGGCGACAAAAAUAAAGCGAAAGAACCGGUCUUGUUUUCUCCCCAUGUUCUGCUGACUGAGCUGUCCAGGGUUUACGGAAACAUCUACAGCAUUUUCGCUGGGAACCAGCUGAUAGUUAUCCUAACGGGCUAUGAGGUAGUCAGAGACGCGCUCGUUAACCAUUCUCACGUGUUCUCUGACAGACCAGAUGUUCCUCUCAUCACGAUCGUAACGAAGCAGAAAGGUAUAGUGUUUGCACCUUACGGUUCGGUAUGGAGGCAGCAACGAAGGUUUAGUCAUUCCACCCUCCGGCACUUCGGCUUGGGCAAACUGAGUCUGGAGCCCUGCAUCCUGGAGGAGUCGGCUUUCAUCAAGAAGGAGAUGCUGAGACUCAGCGGAGACGCCGGGGAAGCCUUCAACCCUGCUCCCAUCGUCGGCAACGCCGUCUCCAACGUCAUCUGCACGGUCAGCUUCGGCCGACGCUUCCACCACCAGGACCAGGAGUUCAGGACUUUGCUGGGCCUCAUGUCCAGGGGCCUGGAGAUCUCCGUCAACAGCCCUGCCUUUCUCAUUAACGUUUGUCGCUGGCUCUACUACCUGCCUUUCGGCCCCUUUCGCGAGCUCAGGAAGGUGGAGUCCGACAUCACGGCUUUCCUGAAGGCUAUCAUCGCCCAGCACAGAGCCAGCUUGGACCCGGCUAAUCCCCGUGACUUUAUAGACAUGUACCUCCUGGAGAUGUCUCGGCUGCAGGAGCGGGGCGGAGGAGCAGGAGAGACCAGUUUCAGUGAAGAUUACCUGUUCUACAUCAUCGGGGACCUGUUCAUCGCAGGCACUGACACCACCACCAAUACUCUACUCUGGAGCCUGCUCUAUAUGUCUCUGUACCCACACAUUCAAGAAAAGGUGCAAGCUGAGAUAGAUUUGGUCGUGGGGCCGGACAGAGUCCCUUCACUAACUGACAAGCCAAGUCUGCCCUUCACAGAGGCUACAAUCAUGGAGGUACAGAGAAUGACAGUCGUGGUGCCUCUGUCUAUACCACACAUGGCCUCUGAAAACACAUCCUUCCGAGGAUACACAAUCCCCAAAGGAACUGUGAUUGUUCCAAACCUUUGGUCUGUGCACCGAGAUACCGCAGUAUGGGAAAAACCUGAUGACUUUAAUCCCUCAAGAUUCCUGGAUGAAAAUGGACAAAUUCUUAAAAAAGAAUUCUUCAUCCCAUUUGGAAUAGGCCGCAGGGUGUGCAUGGGUGAGCAGCUGGCCAAGAUGGAGCUCUUUUUGCUGUUUUCUAACCUGAUGCAGGCCUUUUCUUUCAAACUCCCACACGGGGUUCCCCCACCACCAAUGCACGGAAGGUUUGGCCUGACGUUGGCUCCAUGUCCCUUUACUAUCUGCAUAAUUCCUCGUCAAAAGAUGUCCAACUGAACACCUGCAGGAAGACAUUAAUAUAAUGGUCCAACCUCAACCGGUGUUGAAAUAGAGCUGUUUUUGGAGAGGGAUGCAGCACACACAAUUGUCUGACGAUGGAAGAAAGCCCAAAAGAGAAACCAGAAGAAAGAAGACAUUUAAUUUUGGUUUUCAUAGUUCCAGUAUGUCAUUUUGAUUCUGACUACACUGUCUUGUUGACAAUCCCUGUUCCUUUAAAAAACAAAACAGCAGAAUCUUCCAUACUCAUACCACAGGGAAAAAAAAGCUUGGUUUAACUUUGUAUCUGAAAAAAACCUACAUUUGGUGCCUCUCUUACAUAUGUGAUGGGCUAGCUCACAUGUAUUUUCUGGUUUAAAAUAGAGCAUCACUUAUGGUAUUCCUUCAUUAAUUUUUUUAGAUUGAAAUAUCGCAAAAAUAUCUGUCAUUAUUUUGGUUAAUGCUGUUAUACAGCUGGGCAUUUUACAGAAGCAUUUAAUGUAAAGCAUCCUGUUUAAGGUUAAAAUAGAAGUGACCCAUCUGAGAUCUGAACCCAUAACCCAUUACAGAUUAGAGUCCUAACCAAUAUCAGUGCCUGAUAAUUGGUCUGUCAUUCAAGUACAACCUACAGUAUGCUCAAACAAAAUUGAGAUAUUGAGUUCAGAUGACUACC